AUGAACAAAGAAACAUUCAAGCCAAUUGAAGAAUUGCAUACGCUGGACACCCAUCCUUUUUUUGGGGCCUCGAAAGCCGUAGAGACCGAUUUGCGACUGGGACAGCAGUGGGACGAACUGAAAAUUCACAUGCUCCAAAUGUAUUCAGAGAAGGAACGGCCGCUGCUCUCCGGCAUCCCGAAAACAGGGUUGUUGCAGAAAAAGCUGCAAUAUGUUUUCCCAAUUUUUCUGCAUGAAACUAUUUCCAUUAAAACGCUUAGUGCAAUCUUUGAUUCUAUGAAAACACAAAAUCUUUUGCUCGUGCAGGACGAACGCGGCCUGUCAGGAAGAGAAUCUUACAUAUAUUUGGGUAUAGUUUGUUCGGAUUCUACAGUGGUAUAUUACAAAGUUACAGAUGGACCGAUGAAGCCUCGUCAAAAUGAUGAAAAUUAA